AUAAGUUUCAGUGGAUCAGAAACUUGGUUCCAGAGUUUGGGAUUGCCAGUUCCCAUGUUAAGGUGCUUUCGUCCCCAACUGAAUUCUAUGAACUUAUGAAGGGACAGAUAAAGGUGGCCAAGAAACGAGUGGUUCUAGCUUCGCUUUACCUUGGAACAGGACCCCUGGAGCAGGAACUAGUGGACUGCAUUGAAACAGCUUUGGAAAGAUCCUCGCAGGCAUGUGGUCCUUCCAACCUUAGAGUGUCCAUUCUGUUAGACUUCACAAGGGGAUCCCGGGGAUGGAAGAACUCUCGGACCAUGCUCCUUCCACUCCUGAGGAAGUUUCCAGAGUGGGUCCGUGUCUCUCUCUUCCACACUCCUAACCUGCGCGGACUUCUUCGACUCUUAAUCCCUGAGCGAUUCAAUGAGACUAUUGGGCUUCAGCACAUCAAGGUUUAUCUCUUUGAUGAUAAUGUGGUCUUAAGUGGGGCCAACUUGAGUGAUUCCUACUUCACCAAUCGUCAGGACCGCUAUGUGUUCCUGCAAGAUUCACCUGAGAUAGCUGACUUCUUCACUGAGCUAGUAGAUGCUGUUGGAGAUGUUUCCCUGCAGUUACAACAAGAUAAUACAGUCAGAGUUAUGGAUGGGAUGGUCCAUCCUUAUCAAGGAGACAAGAUGGCCUAUUGUGAAGCAGCAAAUAAAAGAGUGAUGGCAGUGAUCAACUCUGCACGGGCACGGCAAGAGUUGCUCCAUACUCAGACUUUCCACGGCAACCUGACUGAAGAAAUCCCAUUGUCCAGAGAUCCAAAGGCAGAUGGAGACAGGCAGCCUGAACCAGACACAUGGAUUUAUCCACUAAUACAGAUGAAGCCUUUUGGGAUUCAGAUAGAUGAGAUUAUUACAGAAACUCUCCUGAUGGAAGCAGAACGAGGUGCCAGUGUGUAUCUCACCACAGGCUACUUCAACCUCACACAAGCCUAUAUGGACCUGAUUCUAGGCACAAGGACGAAAUAUCAGAUUCUCCUAGCGUCGCCAGAGGUGAACGGGUUCUUUGGGGCCAAGGGGGUAGCGGGUGCCAUCCCUGCAGCUUAUGUUCACAUUGAACGGCAGUUCUUCAGUGAAGUAUGCUUUCUGGGUCAACAAGAGAGAAUCCAACUGCAGGAAUACUCUAGGAGUGGGUGGACGUUCCAUGCCAAAGGUCUCUGGUUGUACCUGGCAGGAAGCAGUCUACCCUGCUUAACUCUGAUUGGCUCUCCUAAUUUUGGAUACAGGUCAGUUCAUCGGGACCUGGAAGCACAGGUUGCAAUAGUGACAAAAAACACAUCUCUGCAGCAACAGUUCCAUCAGGAACAGGAGCAGCUCUACCUGCGUUCUGGUACUGUAUCUGCCUUGACAUUUAAGCAGCCCAAUCGUUACGUCAAGCUGUGGGUGAAGAUGGUAACACCUUUGAUUAAGAACUUCUUCUGAAAAAGGUUAAAGGUCCAGACAUAGGUGGGGCCUCGCGUGC